AAAAUGCCAACAGGGGAUAUUGAAGUGAAGGCAGAGACUGCAGAGAUCCUAAACUCCUGCAAGAAGCUACCUUUUGAAAUCAAGGAUUUUAUCAAGAAAUCAGAGGCCUUACGGAUGCAGUAUCGCUACCUGGACUUGCGUAGCUUCCAGAUGCAGCAUAACCUGCGGCUGAGAUCACAGAUAGUGAUGAGGAUGAGGGAAUAUCUGUGUAACCUCCAUGGGUUCGUGGAUGUGGAAACUCCAACGCUCUUUAAAAGAACCCCAGGGGGAGCAAAAGAAUUCCUUGUGCCCUCAAGGGAGGCGGGCAAGUUCUACUCUCUGCCACAGAGUCCUCAGCAGUUCAAGCAGCUCCUCAUGGUUGGAGGCAUGGACAGGUAUUUCCAGGUUGCACGCUGCUACCGAGAUGAAGGUUCGCGGCCUGACAGGCAGCCUGAAUUCACUCAGAUAGAUAUAGAGAUGUCAUUUGUAGAUCAAGCUGGGAUCCAGAGACUGAUAGAGGGCCUCCUGCAAUAUUCCUGGCCUGAGGAAAGAGGCUUCAUUAUGACUCCUUUCCCUUCCAUGACAUAUGAGGAGGCACUGUCUGACUAUGGGACUGAUAAACCAGACACUCGUUUCGGGAUGAAGAUAGUGGAUAUCGGUGACUUUUUACGAAGAUCAGACAUCCAGUUUGUGCAGAAUGCACUCAGUUACCCACGUGGCACUGUCAAAGCCAUUUGUAUCCCUCAGGGAGUGAGAUACCUUAAAAAUAAAGAUCUGGAGUCAUUAAAGGAGUCUGCAAAAUCCCAGUUUAACCAGGAAAUUAUGGAAAUUAUCUGCAGGCCUGAUGGAAGCUUGAAGUCCCUGCUUACAAAGUUUCUUGGUGAGAAGCAGCAGUCAGAGCUUAUCCAAGCGCUGAACAUGCAGGUGGAUGAUGUGGUGCUGCUGGCAGCUGGUGAACACAAGCGAGUGUGCUCCGCAUUAGGAAGCCUACGGUUAGAGAGUGCUGACCUCCUUGAGGCAGCUGGGCUGGUACUCCGUGAUCCUACAGCUUUUCACUUCCUCUGGGUGGUGGAUUUCCCCCUCUUCCUCCCCAAGGAAGAGAAUCCCACUGAACUGGAAUCUGCUCAUCACCCCUUCACUGCUCCUCAUCCUUCAGAUACCAACCUCCUCUAUUCUGAUCCUGCAAAGGUCCGUAGCCAGCACUAUGACCUUGUGCUGAAUGGGAGUGAAGUUGGAGGUGGCUCCAUCAGAAUUCAUAGUGCAGAACAACAGCGUUUUGUGCUGGAGAAAGUGCUGAAGGAGGACUCUGAGGUGCUUUCCCAUCUGCUUGAGGCUUUGGAAUUUGGAGCUCCACCUCAUGGAGGAAUUGCUUUAGGACUUGACAGACUGAUCUCUCUCAUCGUUGAUGCUCCAAGUAUCCGAGAUGUCAUUGCUUUUCCUAAAUCCUUCAGGGGACGGGACUUGAUGGGCAAUGCUCCGGACUAUGUCACUCCAGAAGAACUAGAGC